UGGGGAACAUAAAGAAUUACUAUAGCUAUGAAAAAUAGUGUCGCACGACAUGUAAUAAAUUCUUACCUCAGUGUAUUCAGUGCUCUAUUUUUUCCAUCCUAAUCACACGAUAAAGAAUGGGUGAGUGAUAGGGGCCAUUUUGACGAUGGAAGAUUAUGACAUCAUCAAAGAAAUUGGAAAGGGAGCUUGUGGCUCUGUAUAUUUAGUACAGCAUAAAGAAUCUAAAAGGCAAUAUGCAUACAAGAAAGUACAAAGAGAUGAAAGCAGAAAAACAAGAACAAAAGAAGCAAUCCUGCGUGAGGCAAAUAUACUGUCGAACCUGAAACACCCGAACAUAGUGGCUUACCACGAGUCUUUCUUUGAUGAAGAUGAGGAAUAUCUGUGUAUUAUACAGGACUAUUGUGAUGGAGGCACCUUGGAUGAAGUCAUUAAAGUACAAGCAGAGAAAGAGGAGUACUUCCCCGAG